UCUGUCAUAACAUGAUUCAUUUCUUUACUUAAAUAUCGUUCGUUAAAACUGCAAUGUAUUUAUUUUAUAAAACUGUGCUACUUUUAUAUAACAACUUUUGCUAAUUAUAUAACAAUGUAAGAGGUGUAUAUAGUUAUUUAUUUCAUUUUAUGUGAUGUUGCAGUGAUGUUGUAUUACACUACAGUGUGCAAUGAUGGCAGUGAUGUACACCUUCUGCAGAUAUUUCUCUGUUCGUCUCGGCACGAUCUUGGUGGCUGUGUCGUCAAUGAUCCAAUCGUUCAUUCUUGGAGCCAUUUUCCUAGUUUUGCUCAACAAUGCUGGACAAAUGACGGAGGACUUUGAGGACUGGAGAACAGACAACAAGCUGAUCUAUACCACUGAACUGUUCGAGCACAUACAGUACAAUAUAGCAGGUUAUCUAAAGUCAGUGAUUGUGUUUAUCAUGUUUCACUUCUGCACCUGCGUUUUGCUGAUAUAUGCUGCACUCAAGUGCAACGUACCCUUGACUUGGCCAUUCCUGGUGGUAGAGUUUGUCCGUCUGGCCACUUUCGCCUUCGUCCACUUCACAGCCAUGAUGCUGGUCAAAGAGAACAUCCUAGACCUUGGCCUGCUCAUCGCUCUCAGCAUCUCCGGAGGCUUUCUGUUGUUGGGGCUCUACUACAGUUGGUUCUGCGUGGUGAGUCUGUGUCAGUGUCUGCGUGAGCUGAGAGCAGAACAGAAGCCAGGAUCUGCGCAGGUUAACCUUCUGGUAAAUGAGUUCCGUCACCUUGCCAAGGCUACAGCUCUGUCACGUCAACAGUUUCCACCAGUCACUCCCAGCUGGAGGCUUCCGGCUGCACAUGACAACUACGGAAACUUGGCCUGGCCCACCUACUAG